AAUUUACGGUCGAGUUCUUAAAUGCAUUUUUUCCCGAACUUUUUGAUUUCUUCCUUCCUAAUCUCAUUUCUUCUGUGAAUGUCACCACUAAGUUUUCUUCCGAAAACUUUCAAUUAUCCUUCAGCUCAUUUCCGGUAGCCUUUCUGAAUGUCUGAUUUGAAGGUCUGUGUCAGCGAUCAGCGAUAACCGAUAGUCUGACUAUGGGAUUCUUUACUCAGGCCUUCUAUUCUAAAGCAGAUUUUUUUGAUUUCCUUCAGUUUUUUUUAUGAAUUCAAGAUCCCCCUGUUCUCUUGGUGCUUUGGUGAUUGAACCUGAUUGAUCAGGCAAACGUUGUUGGUGGUGACAAUGGUUUGUCAGCUCAACGUAAACAUCCUCGAGAGAAAAUUGAGGAAAAUGAGCAAGAAGAUGUGGAGUUUUUUUUAUUCCUUAUGUUCUUUCUUAUACUUUUUUAUAAUAAUACUUGUUAUAUUUGAGGAAAAUGAGCAUAGAUACAAAGAACUUCAAUUAUGUGAUCAAGAUGAAAGGGCUGAUUGGAGGAAGGUGUGGAUUAGAUUAUUAGAUGAUGAAAAAAUUUGCUUGCAUCAACUCCAUGUUACUAGGCAAGCAUUUAGGAAAUUGUGUGAUGUUUUAGUGGAGAAAGGCGGACUAGUGGCCACAAUUAUAUGUGAUAAUUAAGGAAAUUGUAGUACUUUUCUUGCAUAUUCUUGUUCAUGACUUUAAAAAUAGUAUAAUCAAAAGUAUUUUUGGUCGUUUAUCAAAAACAAUCAGUAGACAAUUUCAUGUUGUUCUGUGACUAGUGAUGAAAAUUGGAAAGUUUUACAUUAAACAAAAUAAAGUAUCCCUCCAUGAAGUAGAUGAUAAGUGGAAAUGGUUUAAGGGAGCUCUUGGGGCACCUGAUGGAACCCUUAUUGAGAUAAUUGUACCUGCUAAUGAGCGAAGAGAAUAUUGAGAUAGAAAAAUUAACUUGAGUACAAAUGUUUUGGAAGCUUGUGAUGCUAAUUUAAAGUUCACUUAUGUGCUGCUUGGUUGGGAAGGAUAAGCAUCAGAUUCUCAUGUUUUACAUGAUGCUUUGACAAGACGUAAUAGCUUAGAAGUUUUCCAAAAUAAGUAUUAUUAAUUCAAGUUAAUUUUACUAUUUUUAACUCUUCGUAUAAAUUUGACUUUUGACAGUUUUGAUUCUCUUUUAUUAUUUUUUUAUGUAAAUAUGUAUUAUCUUGUGGAUUUGGGCUACACAAAUAGUCAAAGAUUUUUGGCUCCUUAUGGAGGAACUAGAUAUCAUCUAAAUUUGUGGAAAGGAAUUACAAGGAGUUGUUUAACCUUCGGCACUCUGUUGCAAGGAAUACAAUUGAAUGUGGCUUUGGGUUAAUAAAGAAGAGAUGGACAAUUGUACACCAUGCUUACUUUAUGAUGUGAAGACUCAAAUUCAAAUAAUCGAUGCAUGUUUUAUUGUGCACAAUUUUAUAUGAGAUGGAAUGGUGAAAGAAGAUUUACUAAGAAAAGUGGAUGAAGAGCUUGAAGAAGCUACAUUUGAAAAUGAGGUCGAGAGAGAUAAUAUAACCUUUGUGGGAGUCAUUGAUGAAUGGUCGCAAUGUAUAGAUAAUUUAGCUAUGGAAAUGUUUGAAGAAUACCAAGCUUUGCAAGCUCAAGGAAGAAAGAUUUUCUCAUUUAGUCUUUUAAAAUUUUUUAACUUAAGAUGUAAUGAUUCACUAUUUGGUAUGGCACUUAAUUAAGUUUCGAAUA